AUGCUGUCCGGCGUGCUAAUAUUCAAUCAAAAAGGCGAAAACCUCAUCUUUCGCGCCUUUCGCAAUGACUGCCGGCCGCGCCUCGCGGAUGUCUUUCGCAUCCAAGUGAUAUCCAACGCCCAGGUCCGGUCCCCUAUCCUGACGCUCGGCAGCACGACCUUUAGCCACGUCAAGCACGAAAACAUUUACCUCGUCGCCAUUACCAAAACCAACGCCAAUGCCGCGCUCGUGUUUGAGUUUCUGUACCGCCUGAUACAGCUGGGCAAGGGCUACUUUGUCAAGUUUGACGAGGAGGCUGUCAAGAACAACUUUGUCCUGGUGUACGAAUUACUGGACGAAAUCAUCGACUUUGGCUACCCCCAAAACACGGAAACCGAUACGCUGAAAAUGUACAUCACCACAGAAGGCGUCAAGUCCGAAGCGCGACCAGAAGAUACAUCCAAGAUUACAAUGCAAGCCACAGGCGCCUUGUCAUGGCGCAAAGCCGACGUCCGCUAUCGGAAAAACGAAGCGUUUGUCGACGUCAUCGAAGACGUCAACCUGCUCAUGUCGGCGACGGGCGCCGUGCUGCGCGCCGACGUCACGGGCCAAAUCGUCAUGCGCGCGUACCUCUCGGGCACACCGGAAUGCAAGUUUGGCCUCAACGACCGGCUCCUCCUCGAUAACGACGGCCUCAAGUCGCUCGAAAGCGGCAACAAGCUUGGGUCCAAGGCGACCAAGGCGGCGGCGGGCAGCGUGACGCUCGAAGACUGCCAGUUCCACCAGUGCGUCCGGCUGGGCAAGUUUGACAGCGACCGCAUCAUCAGCUUCGUGCCGCCCGACGGCGAGUUUGAGCUCAUGAAGUACCGCGCCGUCGAAAACGUCAACCUGCCGUUCAAGGUGCACGCCAUCGUCAACGAGGUGGGCCGCUCCAAGGUGGAAUACAGCAUCGGCGUCAAGGCGAAUUUCGGGCCCAAGCUGUUUGCGACCAAUGUCAUUGUCCGCAUACCGACGCCGCUCAACACGGCCAAGAUUGUGGAACGGUGCACGCAGGGCAAGGCAAAGUACGAGCCGAGCGAGAACUGCAUCGUGUGGAAGAUUGCGCGCUUCACUGGCCAGAGCGAAUACGUGCUGAGUGCGGAAGCCCUCCUGACGAGCAUGACGAACCAACGGGCGUGGAGUAGGCCGCCUCUGAGCCUCAAUUUCAGUCUACUCAUGUUUACGAGUUCGGGUCUUCUUGUGCGAUACUUGAAAGUAUUUGAGAAGAACAACUAUUCCAGCGUCAAGUGGUGGCGCCAUUCCCAGUAG